CAACUCUUAGACAAAUAACUGCGUGAUCGAUCGAUCGUUCGGUGCUGCUGCUUGUGCUCGUUUUCGUUUUGGCGUGUGGCAAACGCGCGCUUUCGCAACGCUCUAAUGCACAGUCAGCAAAUCCGAGUCAACAAAUCACAGAGCCAGUUUAAUACGUGAGCUGAGGCGGGCGAUAUCACAACUGACUGUGCUGCGGUGUGAGUAGGUCUGAGAUUGAAAGCGCGCCAACGAAUUUACGAAGCGAACGUUACAGAAAAUUAGUUACGAUUUGAAAGUAAUAACGGAGAAAAAAGGAAAUAUUUUGGGAAAAUAUAUAUUUCAGUGCAUAAAAUAUAUUAAAAAGUAAAAUUUGAGAAAAAAAAUUGGUGAGAGUUUACUAAUUUUUGUAAGAAGAAAAUUCAACAAUAACAAAAAAGUGAAUUAAAAAUUAUAUAGUUCAAGCUUAAAUUAAAAAAAAAUUAACUUAUAAAAUUAAAAGUGAAAACAUAAAAAAAUUGUCUUACACAAAUAUUAAUGAAAGCAGAAGGAUAUUUUAGCAAUAAAAACAACAACAACAACUAAAAAGUACAUUUCGAAAGAGAACAAAAAAGCUUGACAAAAAAAUUGGUGAGAAUUUAAGGAUAUUUUAACAACACGUAAGUGAAAAAAUAACACCAACUACAAGACUUCACUUAAAAAAAAAUUACAACAAUUUUAAAUAAAUUAUGAAACAAAUAUCUCUCAACCAAAAAAUUCAUUUAAAAACAAACAACAACAAAUAUUUACUACUUAAUGCUGAAAAAAUAUUAAAGAAUUCAAAAAAAUAACUUUUUUAAGAGAGAAAAAAUAUUGAAAAGUUCAAAAAUAACUUUUUUAUGAAUAAUAAAUACCAAAAUAAUUACAAACACAAGAAAACGAUAUUUGUGCACAAAAUAAUAGCUAAAAAAUACUAUUUUUACGUAUAAAAAAGUUAAAAUUUAUAAAUAAUAAUUUAUUUAAACAAAAAUAAAUUGAAAAAAAAACGAAAAUUUCGAACAAAAAAAGAUUAGUGAAAAUUUCGAAGAAAUAUUUUCAACUGUACUGAAAGAAAGACGACCAUUUAAUAAAAGAAGCUUUAAACAGAUGCGCCCGAAAAUUUGAAAAGUUCGAAAAAUUAUUGGAAAAAUAUAAGCAAACAGAUUAUAAAUAAUAAAAAGUAAAAACAAAUAUCUCGAAAAAAAUUGCUAUUGCUAAAAAUAUUUUAACUCAAGAAAAUUGUAUUCGAAAUUAAAAAAUUAAAAAAACAAAUAAUACAAAAAAUUAAAAAUAAAAAAAAAUAAAAAUAUUUUAUUUAAAAAAAUAAUAUAAGAAAUUAAAAAUCACGGCCGUAAACUAAAAUUAUUUGCCAGCAAAUAACUGCAAGUUGCUAAAAAAUUUCACCCACCCUAAAUGAACUCUAUGAAAUGUUUCUGCGUCGCGCCAUACAAGUCUCCACAGUGCUAAUCUAUUGGUUAGUCAUUGUGCCGGUAAUUGCGAAAUAUUUGGAGGACAUCAAAUGGAUGCGACGCAACAAAUGGACGCGCAAGAAAUUGGGCUUUUACGGUAUUGCCGCAUUCGCCUUCAUCUUCAUCUACUUUCUCUGCAUGUACGCCUAUAUGCUGUGCAAGCGUUGGGAGCGUAAAAUUCUAACGGACAUGAAACAGUCCGUCUCAAAGGCGGCCGAGUCGGAGGUACCCUCCGCGGCCACAUCAAUGGCUACCGUCGCCGAAUUGGAGCCACUCGAACGCAUACGUCCGACGCGUCCGGUGAUUUCACCAGCGCCACCUGUACACAGUGCCAGCGCACAAUUACUCACGAAGAAGCAAGAACUGCAGGAGCAGCAGCAGCAACAACAACGACCAACUGGUGCGCGCAGUAAAGUGAAAAUUCUGCGUUCGGCGCCGAAAAUACCCCCAGUGCACCGUUUGCUGCCGUCAACCACCACCACCACGCCUUUGGCGCCGUUGCAGGAGAAACCCUACGGUGGCGAGUUGGAGGCGAAGAAUAAGCGCAUAAGUCGCACGGAAAGAUUUACAACAGAGUUAGCGGAUAUUUUGCGGCGUUAUUAUCGCAUGAGUACGAGUAACGGUGGUAGUAAUGCGCCCACAACGAUGGUAUAGCGGGUGUAAAAGACAAGAAAUAUUAACAAAUUGCUUAGUAAGUUGGUCGUAUAGCUUUGGAAUAGUGUUAGAAUAUGCAAGUACAUUUAUGUAUUUUCGUUCAACUUGAAAUGGUAUUUUGGUGGAAAGUUUCGAAUCGUAUUGUUCAACAAAGAAGGCACGUUAUGUUACAAUUUCUUAUAUAUGAGUGUGGCAACGGUAAUUUUCUUUUCGAAAAACAAUUUGUGAAAGCUCAAAAUGAAAGCUCAGACGAUUAUGUCAAAAUCACUUUACCUUUGACGAAUACUGGUCUCAACAAAAAUACGAUUAUUACUAGAAGUAGUUAAGACUACAGCGACGUAGUAUUCUUUUCGAAAAAUUAUAAGUGGAAGCUCAAAAUUAAAAUUUAGGCAGUUGUGACAAAUUAUGUAAGAGACUUUUACAUGUGACAAAAAUAGAUCAACACUAAUAGUACUAAUAUUGCAAUUAAAUACAUGAAGUUAAAAUUUUUGUUUCGUAGAACGAUUUGUGAAAGCUUAAAAUGAAAGUUUCGACGUUUUUGGAAAAUAUAUUUUUAGUUUGACAAAUAACGAUUGAAAAACGAUUAGUGAAAGUUCUAAAUGAAAGCUGUGAUAAAAUUUUCUUAGUAAAAGAAGUUAAUGCAUGACAUUUAAUUUGAGAGACAUUCAGAAGAAUUUUAAAUAAUUAAGGUAAUAUAAUAAAAAUAGUAAUAUAUGCUAUUAUAAGCGAAAGCUUCAAUUUUAAGUGCUAUAAUUUCAAAAGCGUGAAUAAUAAAUUCAAUAAAUUUUAAAAUAUAAACAACAAAUUAGUAGCGUUGUGCUCAUAAAAUUAACAAGAAAUAAAUAAUAUAUACAUAAGUACACAGAAAGGGAAAGGCAAUGAAUGGAUGCCGCUUAGUAAAUUAUUAAUUCCAAUGAAUAAUAAAAAUAUAAUGUUAUAGUUUUUAUAAUAAUUUAAAAUGAUCCAUAUUGGAAAAAUAUAAAAGCAAAGUGAAAGCUUUACGAAAAGAUUGGUGGUAAAAAGUAAGGAUAAUUAAUAUAUAUUUAAGUGCCGAAAAUUAAAUAAAAGAACAUAAAAUAAAAAGUGAUUUCAAUAACAAUAUAAAAAAAGAAAACCAUUAAAAUAGCUAAUUGAAAAGGAACCUUAAAAUCUGGGAAGCAAAGAGUUUCAUGUUUAUUUCUUGUAGCUAUAGUUACAAGUACUGACUCAGGCUUGAGUGUUAUGAAAACUGUUCUUUAAACCCUAAAUUUCAAACUUCGGUGCAAAAAAUGUAUAUAGACAUAAAUGUAUUUACCGAAAUUAACGACUUGGCUAUGUAUAAAAUGGAAAGCUCCUGCGAAAGCUUUAACCUGAAAUAAAAUAGCAAUAAAUUUUAAUAUAUACCGCGUAUAGUAAGAAAAAAUUCCAAGUAAUGAUUAGCCAAGUUAAAGUUUCACUGUUCUUUUUAAUGAAAGGUCCGGAGAAAGCUCUGUGCUAAGAAGUUUAUUAAAAUUAGAUUUAAUUUUUAACUAUUGUGCAAAUUACGAAGUGUGUUUCUUAUACGAAAGCCAAGCUGCUGUGAUAAUAUCAUUCACUUUUGAUUAUGUAUCUUAUUUCUGAAAUUUGUUCCAAUUUUCUUAGAAUAUGAUUAAAAUGAAAUCAAUAUAAAUUAUUUCUGCAAUUUACUCUUUAUUUUCUUAUUUUUAAAAUGUAUUAUAUUUUAAAGAAUAGUAAUCAGGUAGAAUUAAUCGUUCAAAAAGUCUUUGAUAUAAUUUAAAUACAUUUUCCUGAUGAAGCUGAUUGUUCUAGAGCUAUUUUGAAAAAUUUUUAAAUUAAAUUUUGAAAUUUUCAAAAUUAAAGAAAUAAUUUUGAAAGUUACAAAAGCUACUUUCUUGGCCUUUUUUUCAAUAAUUAUAUACGUUUAUAACUAAAACUAUAACUUUUCCCUUCUUCUGCACUGCCAAACACCACUUUUUACUAAAAAUGACUUUUUUUUUAACUGCAACGUUUAUUUAUUUCAAUUCUUAUUUUGGUUUGCUGUUUAUUAGCAUUUGACGUUUUUGCGUUGUAUACAUGUUAAUUUGCACGUCUUUGCAUUGGCCACACCUGAUUUGGGUAUUCAUUAAUAUUGUACUACACAUGUAGAUAUGCAGAUAGGGAUAUCCUUUUUCGGUGAACAACGUCAAAAUCGUUUAAGCGAUAAAAUGCUUUAAUGGCAAAUAAAAACAAAAAUUAAUCAAUUAUUGCAAAGGUUAAUUUCAAAUAUAAGUGAGGUUGCUUAAAAUAAGAAUAUCCCCCGUAUUUUAAGAGAUUUUAGAAAAAUUUAAGAAUGUAUAUAAAAAAUAAUAAUAAUAAGAAUAUAAUAUUAAAAAUUAAUAAAAAUUUCUGCUUUAUAUAAUAAAAUAAUAGACACCAUUGUCCAUAUUACAGAAAAAAAAAAUUUGAAUUCUUUAGAAAUUAAAUGAAUUGUGAUUACUAAACAACAUUGUUUAAAAUAAUAAGUUAUAGUAAAGUAAAAAAAAAUGUUUUAAAAUUAAAAUAAAAAAAGUUUUAAAUAAAGUAAUAAAAAUUACUGUUUCUUAAAGUAUUUAAAACUAUUGUAAAUAAUAAAAGAAAUCAAAAAAUUUUGAUAAUUUAAUUUAAAAAAAGUUAUUUGGAAACAAGGACGAUUUUUUUUUUAAUAUUUUGUUUUUAAUAAAUAAAAAAAAAUUUACUUGUAUUAUUAAAUAAUAACUAAAUAAGUUUUUCCGGUAAGUGAGUCCCUGCAUAGUUGUGAUAAAGAAAUUUCCCAAAAUCGUUAAAAAUUUAGUUUAAAUAAAAAAAAUCGUUAUAAAUUUAACUCAGAAAAAUUAGUUUGCUUUAAAUUAAAUGUUGUACAUAAAUACAUAGAAAUCCGCAUCUCUAAAAGAAAAAUAAAACCAAAGACUUAAUAAAAAUAGCUUUAAUCAUUUAUAAUAUUGUAAUUGUAUAAUUUUGAAAGGAAUGCUUUUCGACACUUAAAUACUCUCUUGAAAAAAUUGUGAAAAUUUAAAAAAAAAAAUAUAUUUUUACCAAAAGACCAUUUUUAAAAAUUAUGAAAAUUAUUAAAAAAAAUAUUUUUUUUUCUACCAGAGUACCAUUUUGAAAAAAAAAGAAUAUUAUUGUUAAAAAUAUUUCACCAAACUACAAUUUUGUAAGAAAUGUGCAAGUUUAUACUAUUAUUGUUAUUCUUAAAAUAAAAAUAGCCUUAAUAGUUUUUAAUGUGGAACUUAAAAAAAAAAUAGAAUCAUAAUUUUUAAAGAAAUGCUUUUUUACACAAAAAUACCGUCCUGAAAAAAAAUUUGAAAAUUAUUACGAAAAAAAUAUUAAAAAAAUCGAUUUUGAAAAAGAUUCGAAAGUUUAAAAGGAAAAUUUAUUUUUUGCCUAAAUAUGUACCAUAGAAAAAGUUAUGUAGUAUUUCUAAGAAUAUUUCGCCAAACUACUUUUUUGUAAAAAUAUUGAAAAGUAUUUAUACAUUUUUUUCACCAAAUUGUCCUUUUUUGUUGUGGCAAAUAUUAAAAAAUAAAAAUUUUUCACCAAACCCCGUUUGCAAAACCUUGAAAAAUAUUAAAAAUAAAUCACAUUUCGAAAAAUUAAAAAAAUUACAAAAAAUUUAAAAAUUAUUUCAUUUUUUUAUCGAAAAACAAAUUGGAAAAAAAAAUAAAAAAUUUCCAGCAAAGAAAUUUUGCAAAAAUUAUGAAAAAUAUCAAAAAUAAUUCAUAUGUCGAAAAAUUUUAUAAGUUAUUGAAAUUCUAAAUAUUAUUAAGAAAUGAUUUCCACCAAAAUACCACUUUAAAAAAGAAAUUGAACGCCUUAAGUUAAGCUUGAAUCAUUAAAAUGUAAAUAUUAUGCACAAAAGUGUCGACUCAUGAUAAAUAUUUCCAUUUCUCAACG